AACUUGUUUACAGCUUUCCCUUUUACUUAUUUUGUAAAUUUUUAUUUUCUUGAAGAAUCACAAUAUUUGUAAUAAUUUUUGAAAUUUAAAAAAGGUGUACUUACAAGUUCGGGUGUUCACACGGAGAGCUACAAUAAUGAAAAAGCUGACUCAAGAAGGGCUAUAGAAGAAACAAGAGUCACGGAACAAGUUGUCACUCUCAAUCUCCAGUACACACUAGCUUGCAUCACUCUCUCUCUUUCUCUUAUUCUUCUUCUCUAAAAUUAUCACAAGUGAAAUCUCUCUAUCUUUCUCUCAACAAGUCUAACAGUGACAUUUGUAUCUCUGAACUCCAACCAUGGCUGCUCUGAUUCUCUACCUUCUCAGUCUCCUCAUGGCUGGCCAUUCCAGUGCCUCAUGGUGUGUGUGCAAAACAGGGCUGAGUGACUCAGUGCUACAAAAGACAUUAGACUAUGCUUGUGGAAAUGGAGCUGACUGUAACCCAACUCACCCAAAAGGCUCUUGCUUUAACCCUGACAAUGUUAGGGCUCACUGCAACUAUGCAGUCAAUAGCUUCUUCCAAAAGAAAGGUCAAGCUGCUGAGUCUUGUAACUUCACUGGUUCUGCAACUCUUACCACCACUGAUCCCAGCUAUACAGGAUGUGCAUUCCCUUCUAGUGCUAGUGGUUGUAGUGGAAGCAGUAGCUCCACCGUGACGCCUGGCAAAAACAGUCCAAAAGGAAGCAACAGCAUCACCACAUUUCCCGGCGGAAACAGUCCAUACACUGGCACACCAUCUACCGGAUUAUUAGGAGGCAAUGUCACUGAUGCUACUGGAACUGGGUUUAACCCUGAUUACUCAACCGAAAGCAGUGGAUUCGCUCUCCAUUACUCCAACAACCUUAUGUUUACCGGCUUUUGUUCUCUCUUGAUGAUGCUUUGAAGAAGAGUCUAAAAUAUGUUAUUUAUGUUCUUGUUGUUUUAGAGAUAAUAUAAUCUGGAUUUCGGUUCUUUUAUCACUUUCCGGUUUUAAGAAAACAGUUAUCAAUGUAAAACCAAUUCUAUUAUAUAUCGGUUUGGUACGAAUUCAUUAUAUUAUAUCUAUGAAACAAAUGUUAAAGUUUGCA